AUGUCGAGUGCCAUCCCCCUAGUCCUAAAGUCACAACGCGCCUGUACCUUCUGCCGUGAGCGGAAGCAAUCAUGCGACAAGUCUCUUCCAAAAUGCUCGCGAUGCGAUUUGAAGAAGAGACACUGCGACUAUUCACUCAACACGUUCUUUCCACGAAGGGAGACCACAUCACACAACCUGCAUCAAGUUUCGGGACCAAUCGUAACCUUACGCGAGCCCUGUGGUUGCCUUGAGAUUGAGGAGAAGAACGAGACCGCACAGUCUCACGGCAUAUAUGCCGCGCGGCUGUUCGGGUCAGUGAUAGAUGCUGAACCUGAGGGCUUCAGAGGUAUCAUCGAUCGAUAUAUCCAAACAGUUCAAAGAUGGCUUCCCAUUCUAAGCAAGGAAGCACUGGAGCAUGCCGCCAAGGAGCCUCACGACCAAUACCUCUCAUGCCUUGAUACCCACGCCUGUCUCCUCUUUCUCACCAUGCGUUUAGUUUCACAAGGCCGUUGUUCUUCCUUCAUUCAUGAUGCCGGAGAAAACAGCCUGUAUCUCACCACAAGAACACUUUUCAUACUCUUCCAAGAUGAGAGGCAGUGGCCGCUCAGUUUGCUACAAGCAGGGAUUUUAAUCGCGACGUAUGAAUGUGGCCAUGGCCUAGCAAGACAGUCAUAUCUUACUCUAUCGUCAUGCGUAGCCAUGGCUAGGUUGCUGAGGAUUGACCAGGAUCUUGCCUCUCAAUUAAAUGUCGGCCCGGAGGAUGCCCCUGACCCCAAAGUGCUCUGUUGGAGUGCUAUAGUUAUCAUAGACCGCUUAAUCGCUCUGGCCAGCCUUGACGACAUUUUCCCGCUGCUAGUCCCGCCGCCUCCAGAUAGUUCCUUCGAAAAGUCGCUGGAGUGCUUGCAAACAAGGCUGGCGGCAGCUAAGACUUACGAAAAGAAUCACUGGUCUUUUGAAUCGACAGCUGCAGCCGCGGAAAUGAUUGGCGAGGCGCUCAUCUUUGCGCCCAAUAGCUCGAGGGUGCCGAUUCACCGCUUGGACUUGGUCAAAUCAAGAACGGACAAACUUGUCGCAGCGCUGCUUGAGAUUAGCCAGAUUGCCCCUCUGUUAACUUGUGAGGUUGCUCCGUUGUCUAUCAGUGCCGUUGCUGCUGUGCGCCUAAGGUGUGCUACCAGCGGUGAGGAGCGGUUCAUCAGCUGCAGAGCCACUGAAGAACUACAGUCAACUUUCGAGAUGAAAUUGGAUGAGAUCCGAAUGAGUCCCGACUACACCGCGGGUCUUAGGAUAAACCGGAUAUCUCUGCUGGUACUUUGUUCCAUGUUUCGAAGCGUGCUCCAUCUAAUUCGAUAUUUCCAUCACGAGUUGCUUGAAACCGACUUGAAGAAAAUUACAUCCUGUCUGCUUGCGCUUCGAGAGCAUUGGAGCCUUGGAGACCUGUACUUGAAGGAGCUGGAUGAAAUAUUGGCCCUCCCGAAGUAA